CACCUCCUGUGCUUUUCUUUUCACUGUUUUUUCUUCCCAACUCAUUCAAUCUUUUUUUCCCCGAUUCUUUUCCAUCUCACUUUGUCCGCCCUUCUUCGACUCACUCUCCGAACCUGCUGAUGGUUGAGAGGGACAAGUUCUUUUCCUCCCAAGUCUGAACUGCAGAUCCGCUGCGAGGAGGAGUAUCGGGCCCUUCGGAUCCUUCGCCUAGCUUUCGAAAGCGACAUAGGCGCGGCAAGUGGCCAGCAAACAUGAGGAUUCGCAUUCGUGAACAGCUCAGUUUAUUGGUCGCUCUAACAGCGCUGAUAGCGGUUGGUGUCUUGGCCGUUGUAACAUGGGUUCACAAUUACCGACUAGUCCGUGAAGUUCGGUCAUCGAGAUUCUCGCUCACAGCCUCGUUAAAAUCUAUACAGGUCACCCAGUCAAUUGCCCUGCUACACAACACCGUAUAUGCCAUCAGCACUAGGGCCAUCUUGCAGAGUUCUUUACGGAGGUACCAGAGGGGGAACAAUACUGCGGAUAAUUGGCUACGGGCCAUCGAUGACUUGAAAAACUCGGCUAGUGCUAGUAUAGGAGGCUUCCCGUAUGUCCUGCAGGUGGUGGUCUACGAUGAGAACCUUAGCAGCGGCAUGGUUGGGGUGCCCGAUGGAGCGGUGAUCGACGGAAUGCAACUUAGUGCUACGAACCCAAACUUUACCGGCAGACUACCGAAUGGGACGGAGAUAAAGGUUGGGAGCGGGCUGGUGAAGGACGGUUUUCCGCAUACACUGUACCCUUUUUUGCAUGGCAGUCAUGCACUUGCUCCGAGCAACGUGUUUACCCCGGAGGAUAUAUAUUCUAGAAAGGGGCUGUUGCUGGGUCCGAUGAGGGUUAAUGAGUCGUUCUACAUGCUGUCGUUUACUGUCCCAGUCAUCAAUAACACUAGCGAGGCGACGUUAUUGGGGUUUCUCACCGUCGUACUUAACGCCGGUGUAAUACUGGAUAUUGUUCGGGAUACGCGUGGCCUGGGGGCUACGGGUCAAACAAUAUUGGUUGGUCCGGCUACAAUUAACAACAAAUGGGAGAAUCCCACUCUCUCCGCCACUUCCGAAAUGCCGAAUACGACCAAAAACGGCCAGUCGGAUCACACAAGAACCUUCCGAUACUUGCUCCCACCAGGCAGGAAUCCGGAGCUGGCGGGGGAGGUUCGUAAGCUGAAGGAUUACUCUAUGAUUGAAAAGGUAUACCAGGACGGGAUUGGUGUGAAUGGACGGGAUGGUGAUAGUGGUGAUGGGGGAGGGAGUAAUCUCGACACGAGGAAUUCCGAGGACCGGCUUGUUAGCGUUGGGUAUGGCUUCCCUGCUUCCAAUCUCGCUGAUUGGGCCCUUUUGGUGGAGCAAGACCAAGAGGAAGCCUUUAAGCCGAUCUACAAGCUAAGGAAUAUAUUGCUGAGCACCGUCUUCGGGACCUUCGCUGUUGUUAUUGUCCUGGUGUGUCCGGUAGCUCACUUUGCCGUCAAGCCUAUAACCAGAUUGAAGCGCGCAACAGAGAAAAGCACCCGACCGCCUUCGUAUAGCCUCGAUAGCGGAUCAUCCGGCACCAUCGAUUCCUUUGAUCCCGAGGCCAACCUGGAGAAUUCGGCAGAUAGGGACCGAGGGCGUAACCGGUUUUAUGGAAUGGGGGAGCUCAUGCGGUGCCGGCAUCCUAGAAAUGAUAGUUCUCAGAGCGGGGAUGGGAGCGAUGAUCAGCGAAGACGGGCAUUCCGGAUCCCCGGCAAAGUGCAGGAAAGGAAACAUUUUGUCGAUGAUGAACUUACCGACUUGACGCGGACGUUUAACGAGAUGUCUGAGGAACUUGUGAAGCAAUAUGUGAAUCUCGAGGAGCGGGUCGCCGAGCGGACCAAAGAACUUGAGGAGCAGAAGAAGGUUGCUGAGUCAGCUAACCAGGCUAAGUCACUCUUCGUAGCUAAUAUCACUCACGAACUGCGGACGCCAUUGAACGGUAUUUUGGGUAUGUGCGCUGUUUCCAUGCAGGAGGAUGAUCUACCAAAGAUCAAGCGGUCACUUGGCGUGGUUUAUAAAAGUGGGGAAUUGCUACUGCAUCUUCUCACAGAUUUAUUGACUUUCUCGAGGAACCAAGUGGGGCACAUGGCUAUAUCGCUGGACGAGAAGGAGUUUCGGAUGGCGGAGAUAUCGGCGCAGAUCAAGGCUAUAUUCGAAACCCAAGCAAAUGAGUCUAAGAUCGAUUUCAGUGUUAGCAUUGCCCCAGAGAAGAGGGUUCAGGAGAUGGUAUUUUGGGGUGAUUCGAACAGGAUACUCCAGGUUUUGAUUAACCUGGUUAGCAAUAGUCUUAAGUUCACUCCAGAAAACGGUGCCGUUCAUGUUCGGAUGAGGCUAUUACAAGAGGUGCUUCCCGUCCCCGAGGAAUCUACAAUACUGCGUGGCAGCUCUAGGACCGGAUCCAAGCAUGACCACGGGUCAAAAGCUGUCUCCCGGAUUAAUUCUACUAACACCCCUCGGAAUGGGUCACCCGCUGUUAGUAGCCCUCCGCCAACCAGCCAAGCAGCUAGUCCCCCCACCAUCGAGAAAGUUGGUGACCAUGUUCUUGGGGAUGGGCCAGUGCUAGCCCCGCCCCCAAAUUCCAAGACAUAUAUGUUCGAAUUUCAAGUUGAAGACACAGGCCCUGGCAUCCCGGAGAACCUCCACCAAAAGGUCUUUGAGCCGUUCGUUCAAGGUGAUCUCCGCCUAAGCAAGAAGUAUGGCGGAACGGGCCUCGGCCUAAGCAUCUGUGACCAACUCGCAAGAUUAAUGCAAGGCACUAUCGAGCUCAAGAGCCUGGAGAAGGCCGGGACAACUUUCACACUGAAAAUUCCUCUAAAACAGGCAAAAGAGUACACCCCAAGCGUCGGCGCCCGCGGAGGGGAUGAGGACACGGGGAGGGUUCGAGUGCUGGUCGCGGAGGAUAACAAGGUCAAUCAGGAGGUUGUGCUCAAGAUGCUGAGGCUCGAGGAGAUUUACGACGUCACAAUUGCAAAGGAUGGGCAGGAGGCUGUGGACAGGAUUAAGGAGGCAUUGGAUGUUGGGAAACAUUUCCAGCUUGUGCUUAUGGAUAUUCAGAUGCCCAACCUCGACGGCAUAGAAUCCACGAAAAUAAUCCGCCACCUAGGCUACGAUGCACCGAUCGUAGCAUUGUCAGCCUUUGCCGAAGAGGGCAAUGUUAAAGACUGCCUGGACGCCGGCAUGAACUACUUUCUAGCAAAACCCAUCAAGCGGCCCGAACUCAAACAGGUGCUAAAAACUUACUGCCCCACUAUAAAAGAAGAGUGUGCGUUUUCCACAGAACAGCAUGCUGAGGGGUCCGCUUCUGUGAGGACAACCCCGAUGACUACGCCUCCCAUGGAGACGGCGGAGAAGAUGAGUAUUGGGGGGCCGAUUGAUUGUAGUGGUGGGAUUUUAGGAAGGGGGAGGACGUAAGGGGCUGAGUGUAUAUAUGCUCCUCUCUCCCCCUUCGCACACGAUUGAGAAGAGAUUUUCCUUUUUGCCUUGGGAUUUUUCCCCUUUUUUGACCAUUUUCGCCCACGCCCGGGCGCCCUUGGGAGCUCUACUGUAAUUUUACUCUUUUCCCCUCCUUUUCCCCCUUCUUUUUCUCAUUCUGGCGUACUUUCGGCAACUUGCUUUUUUUCGGGGUGUUUCCAUUUUUUCCCUUUUUCAUUUUCACAAUCACUCGGCCCAACGGACGGGGGAUUACGUCCUUUCCUUGGGAAAAAUCAGGAAUAGCUUCGUGGAUUUCUUUUGGGAUAUUAUGAUAAGUUAUGGUAUUGGGUAUUCAUUAUUUCUCUCGGUUUAGUAAGUAAAAGGGGAGACUACUUUUUUCUUCUCUUUCCUCCUCCUUUCUCCUCUCCUCUUCUCUUCCCUCAUGGUUUUUGGGGAAUUUUUCAUCUUCCCCCACCACUAUCGAAAGGGAUGAGUUCGCUAGUUAGACGUACAAUACUCGAGCACUAUACAUACA